GUGCCCCUGAGCCGAAGACCAAGGGACGGGGAUCGGAAGAGCAGUGAGAGUGUGAAUUGGGGUGGGGUGAAGAGGAAUGGAUCAUCAGAAUCAUGAUUCAUGGUUGAUCGCCUAGAGAGAAGGAGGUUUCUUGGUGGAGGACCUCUCUACAAUCCUCAGCCCAAGGUUCCUACCUCAUUCACAAAGCCCACCGUCCAUUUCCCCUUUCUCUCUCUUGGAAACUUCGUAUUUUGUUUUGUAUUGUUGGUGGUUGAUUUGGGAAUUUUUGCGACACAUCCCGAUUCUCCAGCUCCUUUUAUCCUCCGAAAUUACAGCUUGGCCCGUCGUCCUAUAUUUGUAUCGUCCAUAAGCUGCAGCAAAGUUACCAAUUUUCCGAUUUCCCGAGGUUUUGUCGCUCCAUUCACAUUUUUGUGGGCGAGAUUUUUUGUCUUGCAACAUGGUUUCAAUGUGGAGGUGCCUGGAAUGAGUGCUUCAAUUGCAGAACUUUAUUUUUCCAAAAUUGAAGAUGGGAAGGGUAAAGCUAAAGAUAAAGAGAUUAGAGAGCACUAGCAAUCGCCAAGUGACCUAUUCAAAACGUAGGAAUGGGAUCUUGAAGAAAGCUAGGGAAUUAUCCAUAUUAUGUGACAUUGAAAUCAUCCUUCUUAUGUUUUCUCCAACUGGACGGCCUACAUUGUUCCAUGGAGCUCGAAGCAAUAUAGAAGAGGUUAUUGCAAAGUUCGCUCAAUUAACACCACAGGAAAGGGCAAAAAGGAAAUUGGAGAGCCUUGAAGCACUGAAGAAGACCUUUAAAAAGUUGGAUCAUGAUGUAAAUCUACAGGACUUUUUGGGUGCAAGCACUCAGACAAUUGAGGAAUUGACUAAUCAAGCCAGGCUAUUGCAAGCUCAACUGACAGAAGUGCAUAAGAGACUGAGCUAUUGGAGCAAUCCAGAUAAGGUCGAUAGUACAGAACAUCUUAGGCAGAUGGAAGACUCGCUUAGGGAAUCACUUAACCGAAUCCAUGUACACAAGGAAAAUUAUGGAAAGCACCAACUUAUGUCUCUAGAAUGCGCUAGCCAGUUCCAGAAUGGUAUGCAUUUACCUUUGAUAAUGGAUGGUGUGCAAGAAGCCCAACCCCUUUCAUGGCUUCCUAAUAAUGAGAAUCAACAUUUGAUAUUACCUGAGGAGCCAAGCUAUUUACCUCAGAGGGAUAUGGAGUGCUCAGCAGAUGCCUCCAUUCCUGGCUAUUCUGGUUACUAUAGCACUGGCAAACAAACAGAGAUUGGUAAUUCAGGGCAGGUUGAUGAACAGGGGCAGGAAGGUGCUGCCUUGAACCAGUUAGGUGGGAAUUCAAAUUUGAGACUGCAGCUCAGUGAGCAAUAUUUAUACUCCCCAUUUGGUAAUCUGAAUUUACCUGACGAGAAGAAAUUGAAGCCUGAAAUGGAGAUGAACUUACAAGGAAAUCCUGUGGAUUAUCAAGUAAAUGGCAAUUUUGAAAUCCCUGCACCAAUAUAUGACAACAGACAGCAUACUUGGGUUUCUGCUUCUGGGCCUUGUUCCAUUGCCAUGUUCGAUGAGAACUCAUUCUCCCAGGGGAACGUUCCUCCCAUUGUGCAUUCUGCUUUUCCUGACUCACAACAAAACUCACUCUCAUGAGUCACAUCUCUGUUCAACUAGUGACAGAGGAUGGGAGCUGAAUGAGGCGUCAAUUGACAGCUUAGUAUAAAACUUAAAUCAGAUUGCUGUUGUUGAUGCUGAAAUAACAGUCAGCACUUUGCUGAUGAAUUUUGGGAUACACACAGAGCACUCUGGAGAGGCGCUUCCACCCCCUUGGUGAUAUUGGCUACCAAAUAUGUUGGUCAUAUGGUAUAAUACAUGUACAACUACGGUUCAUUGUGUAAUUACAUUUUCUUUUUCUUGAAGUCACUUGUAAUAUUGAGGUGUCCCCCCUUCACUAAUUUUUUUAGCAACCCGAGUUGUAAAUUGGUCUUUUAUAGAAAAUGAAAGCAAUGCCCACAUCUAUUAGUUUAAA